AGCCAACAAGUGACGACAACAACACAGCUAAUGCUUCUGAUUAUCUCAAAUAUUACGUUUUAAGAUGCCUGCAGUGGGCGAUCAACACCGCGAACCGCCGAGCACAGUAACCGGUACGGCGAACCCAUUCGAUGAAGGACCACGGCGCAUCAGCGAGUAUACAGCUCGAGAGGUAGCCACUCUUCAGUCACGGCUCGACAGGCAGCUCGGUCCGGAAUAUAUUUCAGCUCGUUCAGGACCUUCGGGACAGAAAGUUCAUUAUCUCGCCGCGGAGAAAUGUAUCAACCUUGCGAAUGAGGUGUUUGGGUUUAAUGGAUGGUCUAGUUCAAUUCAGAACAUUCAAAUAGAUUUUGUUGAUGAGAGCCCGACCACGGGAAAGAUAAGCUUGGGAUUAUCAGUCAUUGUCAGGGUCACCUUGAGAGAUGGCACUUAUCAUGAGGAUAUCGGAUAUGGCCAUAUCGAGAAUUGCAAAGGCAAAGCAGCAGCUUUCGAGAAGGCUAAGAAAGAGGGAACAACAGAUGGCCUAAAACGUGCUUUACGAACAUUCGGAAAUGUGUUGGGUAACUGUAUCUACGACAAGGAAUACCUUGCCAGGGUGACCAGGCUCAAAGUUACUCCGAGUAAAUGGGAUGCAGAGAACCUGCAUCGUCACCCAGACUACGCCCCUGUCAAAAAAGAGCUCGUGCAAGAGAAGAAGUUGCCGGAGGACGUGGAACUUCCUCCACGACCAGUUGACUAUAAUAGUCGCAAAGAGACUACGUCACAUGAGACCUCGACCACAUUUGAUGGAGACGGAGAGUUUGGAAGUGAUGUUUUUGACGAGGCGGAUUUUGUGGCGAACACAACUGGGAACCCCGACGAAGUCGUCUUGGACGUCGAUACACCACAACCAAUACAGAAACCCCAGACUAGGCCGCAACUACCCCCGGCACAGCAGAGACCACCGGGGCAUCAACAACGUCCUGCUCCUCCGAAUUCGGCAAUGGUCACGCCUUCCAAGCCGGAAAGACAAUGGGCUGGCCCCGCACCUCCAGCUAGCGCAGGAUAUCAAAACAACCCGAAUCAAAAUGCCAUGGCUCAAAGAGGAGGCGUAAAUGAGAAUUAUGCAGCAUCAAACCCAGCAAACCCAUUGGGAAACAGAUCCAGCAAAGAGUUGCAACGAAAUAAUACUGCUUCUGGCAUCGUCAAGACAGAACCAUCAGCCAACCCAUCAAAUCCCACCGCCAUGAACAAUGACCAGAAUAAAAACGGCCCAGCCGAGCCAUCAGUCGGUUUCUACUCUGCGCGGGCAGUCGAUAUCCUACGCGAUAAUCCUCGAGCAUCACCAAUGGCACCCAAGUUCGAUCCUCACGCAGAAAGCCCCUCAAUCCGCAAAACAGCUGGUAUAGACCAUACGAAAAGCGUACCCGUCUCAAAGCCAAUGCUAUUCGGAACAGGACAGUCACCAGCCGGCCCAGGCGCUAAUACCGGUACUGGUCCAGGCGCAGGUCGAAACUUUAUUAACCCUUCAACAGACGCGCAUCGACGUAUCGGCGCUCCUGGGGGUAAUACCGGAGGAAUAGCGAGUCCCGUAAAUAAGGGAUUCACAACAUCGUCCUUUCGACCCUUGACACGACCGGCUGUUGACAACAGGAAUGUUUCGAAUAAUGACAGCACCACUAACAACAACAACCGUUCAACAUUUACAACGGCAUUGUCAACACACGACCCAUCCCUGAAAAGACCACCACUAAACGACGUUACCAACGCGCCAUUACCAGGCUCAAUCCCCGUUUCGGGGGAUAUCAAACGGCCACGGUUGAGCAAUGAAGGUGUACAUGGAAACACAGCACAGCCGCCACAACAGCAGCAACCACAGCAAUGA